UGGCCUGACAGCUUCUCCUGUCUGUCUCUUUGUUGUGAGUCCAGGACAGCAAAGUUUGCUGCUCCCCACCAGCCUUUCAGCAUUUGGGCUGAUCAUUAACAGGGCAACAGAAAAAGAAACUCGGUUUGAACUUCACCUGGAGCCUUUGGUCUCCCCUUCUCCCCAAAUUAAGAAGGAGGGGGAUGUUUACCUGCCUUCUGCUGCACUCCAAGGUCUCCCCUAUGAAGGCGACUUGCUGGAUCCUGGCAGGUCUUUACCUGCUUUCCUGCUGCAAGGCAGAAGAGGGACUGAACUUUCCAACUUAUGAUGGGAAAGACCGAGUGAUCGACCUGAAUGAGAAGAACUACAAGCAGGCCCUGAAGAAGUAUGACAUGCUCUGCCUGCUCUUCCACGAGCCGGUGAGCUCUGACAAGGUCUCCCAGAAGCAGUUCCAGAUGACAGAGAUGGUCCUGGAGCUGGCAGCUCAGGUCCUGGAGCCCAAGAGCAUUGGCUUCGGGAUGGUUGACUCCAAGAAGGACGCCAAACUUGCCAAGAAGUUAGGCUUGGUUGAAGAAGGAAGUCUCUAUGUCUUUAAGGAAGAGCGGUUGAUUGAAUUUGAUGGGGAACUGGCCACAGAUGUCUUGGUGGAAUUCCUCUUGGAUGUGCUAGAAGACCCUGUGGAGGUCAUAAACAGCAAGCUGGAGCUUCAGGCCUUUGACCGAAUCGAUGAGGAAAUCAAACUCAUUGGCUACUUCAAAGGAGAAGACUCUGAACAUUACAAAGCAUUUGAAGAAGCUGCUGAACACUUCCAACCAUACGUCAAGUUCUUUGCCACCUUCGACAAAGGGGUUGCCAAGAAGCUGGGUCUGAAGAUGAAUGAGGUGGAUUUCUAUGAACCAUUUAUGGAUGAGCCUGUUCACAUCCCUGAUAAGCCUUACUCAGAAGAGGAGCUGGUGGAAUUUGUGAAGGAGCACAAAAGGGCCACCUUGAGGAAGCUGCGCCCAGAGGACAUGUUUGAGACAUGGGAGGAUGACAUGGAGGGAAUUCACAUCGUGGCCUUCGCAGAAGAAGAUGACCCAGAUGGGUUUGAGUUCCUGGAAGUCCUGAAGCAGGUUGCCAGGGACAACACCGAUAAUCCCGACCUGAGCAUUGUCUGGAUUGACCCCGAUGACUUCCCUCUGCUCAUCACCUACUGGGAGAAGACCUUCAAGAUCGACCUGUUCAAGCCACAGAUCGGGGUGGUGAACGUCACAGACGCUGACAGCAUCUGGAUGGAUAUCAGAGAUGAUGAUGACCUGCCCACAGCGGAGGAGCUGGAGGACUGGAUAGAAGAUGUGCUUUCUGGGAAGAUAAAUACUGAAGAUGACGAUGACGAUGAUGACGACGAUGAUGACGAUGAUGAUGACGAUGAUGAUGAUGACGAUGAUGACGACGACGAUGAUGACGACGAUGAUGAUGAUGAUUAACUGUGACUCUGUGCAGUUUCACUUGUGGGGGCCCAGAGCCCUCCCCCUUCGGCAGGUCCCUCCAUUGGAAGGCCUGUGCUUGAGCGUCAGCAAGCACCGAUGCUCUUCUUUGCCCCCUGCCCUGCUCCCCCUGCCCCUGCCUCUGCCCUUGCCGGGACCCCCCAGCCUGAUUCUCAGUGGUGCUGAGCCACCAGGACUGCCCCUGCAGGCACCCAGCACCGCUGCAAAUCAUGCCUCCUUAGAAAGGACAAUAGGAAUCCACAGGGAAUCUGCCCUGAGCUUCCCAGGGUGGGAGAAAAGUGCCUGCCUGCUCACUGCCAGAGGGACACAGGAAGCAGUUGUGUUUUCCAUGCUCAUCGGCCCAGCACUUAACAUCCAAAGACCAAAUCUCACUUCAAGACACAGGGAAGGCCACUGUGAAGUUCAGUCCUUUUAUUAAACACAAUGCCCUUUGCAGCUUACUCUGCCAAGACCACUCAAUCCUGCAGGUUCUGCUGCAGGAGUCUGUAGCUGCUCACUAGCACCUUAAAAGCAGCAAAAAGCUUUGGGAAAGGAGAAGGGAUUUAGGGAUUCUAUUUAAGUUUUCAGUGAUCCCAUAUGACAGGAUAUUCUUGUCUGGCAGCGCAAUGCAAACCAAAUACCACAGUCCCUGUCUGAACCUCUUCUCGAAAGCUCAGGCCAAAGCUAGGGUAAGUGCAGGUAGUCUGAUAGGGGACAUCAACUUUUGUGAGUUCCUGAAUGGCUGGAAAGGCUGAUCCAGGUCUGAGCCCAGCCGCUUGAGGCUGAAGAUCAUGAGCCAAAUCGCUGGCCUUAACCCAGAAGAAACACCAAAGCAGACUCCACGCCAGUUGCAAACAUCUGCAACCAGGUCUGGGCUGGGCCUACCUUCCCUUUCAGGUGAACCUCAGACAGAUUGAAGGUGGUGUACAUGAGAUAGUGCCAGUGGAAACAUACUUGCGGGCCCACCCUGAAGCCCUCCUAUUGCCCAAGACCUUCCAGCUUUGGCUGGCUUUCAAUCCAUAGCCUACAGAGCAUCUUUUCCCAUGACCAAGAUGUUGGGAGGGAACGCAUCCAUCCAACCGUAUUAGAUGCUGGAUAACAUGCGUUGGGCAACGAGCAGUGAAAGCUGUUUGGCUUUUACAUAUCCAGUUCCAUAGUUACUCCCUGCUUAGAGACUCAUGGUAGUUCAUGAGAAGCCUCUUUUGACUACAGACUGAGAAGGAGCUCAUAGUCAAGGGGGUCACUCUCAAAGCAGAGCGUCAGCAACUCCAUCCUGGUGAGUGCAGCACCAUCCAUGUGCAGGUCACUGCAACAGCGUUAGGUCGCCCUGCUUUUCCAUGCUGGUAGAUUUCAGUUGUCUUAGCUUCUUAGAUUUGACAAUAGUGCAAUGAAUGGAAAGCUUGGAGAUAGUUUUAUCUUUAUAAAUACAUUUAUAAAUAUGUUC